AUUACACAUACGGCCGCGCUCUCUCUCUACAACUUCAAUGUAUAAAACCUAACCAUCCAUUUUUCCUUCGUCUUCCGCUCACUCUCCCUCUCUCCACUUACUGUUCCAAUACCAGUUCUUUUCUCGUCAUCCUCUCGCGAUCCAACCAUGUCUUGCUACAAGGGAAAAUACACUGAUGAGCUUAUUGCCAAUGCUGCUUACAUUGGCACCCCUGGAAAGGGUAUCCUUGCUGCUGAUGAGUCAACUGGCACAAUUGGCAAGCGUCUAUCUAGCAUCAAUGUUGAGAAUGUUGAGUCAAACAGGCGGGCUCUCCGUGAGCUUCUCUUCUGCACUCCUGGUGCCCUUCAAUACCUCAGUGGAGUUAUCCUUUUUGAGGAAACUCUCUAUCAGAAGACUGCUGCAGGUAAGCCCUUUGUUGAUGUGUUAAAGGAAGGUGGAGUCCUUCCUGGAAUUAAGGUUGAUAAGGGCACUGUUGAGCUUGCGGGUACAAAUGGUGAGACCACCACCCAAGGUCUUGAUGGCCUUGCUCAGCGUUGCGAGAAGUACUAUGAAGCUGGGGCUAGGUUUGCCAAAUGGCGUGCUGUGCUGAAGAUUGGCCCUAAUGAGCCAUCGCAGUUGGCUAUUAAUGAAAAUGCCAACGGCUUAGCUCGAUAUGCGAUCAUCUGCCAGCAGAGUGGCUUGGUUCCCAUUGUUGAGCCUGAGAUUCUUGUGGAUGGACCUCAUGACAUUGACAAGUGUGCUGAAGUAACAGAACGUGUUCUUGCUGCAUGCUACAAGGCACUCAAUGACCACCAUGUCUUGCUUGAGGGAACCCUGUUGAAGCCCAACAUGGUUACCCCUGGAUCUGAUGCCCCAAAAGUUGCACAUGAGGUGAUUGCUGAGUGUACAGUUCGUGCCUUGCAGCGUACCAUGCCUGCUGCGGUUCCAGCUGUGGUGUUUUUGUCUGGUGGCCAGAGCGAGGAAGAGGCUACCCUCAACCUUAAUGCCAUGAACAAACUCAAGACAAAGAAGCCGUGGACUCUCACUUUCUCCUUUGGACGUGCUCUUCAGCAGAGUACCCUCAAGGCUUGGGCAGGAAAGGAGGAAAAUGUUGGGAAGGCACAGGCUGCAUUCCUUGCCAGAUGCAAGGCCAAUUCAGAGGCUACCCUUGGAACUUACCAGGGUAGUGGUUCACUUAGUGAAGGUGCUGCAGAGAGCCUCCAUGUGAAGGACUACAAGUACUAAUCGGGUUUUUGUUUCUACUCGGUUGUGUCUUUAAUUUUUGGAGUUUAUGGCAGUACUGUUUGAGUGUCUAUUCUAGGGCAUGGUGUUAGGCUUCUUGCUCAUUUUUCUUCUUGACCUAUGUUAGUUGAAUGGUCCAAUAAUCUUGAGUCAACAUUGGUAUGUAUGAGAUUGAGUAUGUUUUUCCGAGUCUAUGAUUAUCUGCUUCUUCCAGGGAUGGUUUUCGUAAUUGUCUUAAUAAAGGAUAUGCUAUGGUGUUU